UAAUAUUAUUUUGAUUUUAUUUUUUGACAUUCGAAUUUUGAGUUUCGAGUUUUGACUGUUGACUUGAUUUUACAAUUCUGAUCGGAAUUUUGAUUUCAAGAGAAUUCCGAAAUUUGGUGCUGCUUAUUUACUAAGAUAAUCAUGACUCUAUGGCAAUUUUCAGAGACUUCACAAUCACUGCUCAGGCAAUGUAUAGAAGCAUCAACCUUUGAUACUAACAAUAGAUGGAUUAAAAAAUUUGGAAGCAAAUCUGAUCCUUUGAACAAAAACGAAGAACUUUCAGGCUAUCCAAACAAAGAUGAUAUUGUAACCAAUCACACUGCAAACAAUAUGGAUGUCGAAGAUAUUUUAACCAAUCACACUGAAAACAUUAAGCAAGUGGAAGAUUUUUGGCGCGAAGUUUCAGAAUUAGACCCUAUAUCACAUUUUGACUACAUAGUAGAAAAGUGUAUGGAAAAUACAAAUUUAUACGUAUUUCUAGCACAGAAAUUGCCGCUAAUUUCCAUAGAAAAACUAUGCAAACACGUAUAUCAAACUGAAAAUAUCAAUCCGCUAUUCAUAGAGAAAUUUUAUACAAUUUUCUUUCCUGAAUUUUUGAAAAGAGAACCUACUAGAUUGUCUAUGCAUUUACUUAUAGAGGCGAAGAAAAAUUUUGUAUGUUUUAAAUAUUUUCUGGCAACCAUCAUAAAAGAUACAGAUUUACCAGACACAAUAUUAAAUGAUUUUAUAUCUAUGUUAAAUAUUGCUGAACAAACAGAAUUUUUAGUAAUACUAAGCCAUACAGAUAUACCUAAAGAAGUUUUUGUAUAUCAUUUAAUUACUAUACACACUGUAUACAAACUUGGUGAAAAAAAUAGUGAACUUCAAAAUUAUAUUUUGUCCAAGUUGGUUGAAAUAUCAGAUAGUUGUGUGACAGACAAAAAUUAUGGUCGUUUCUUACUAGAUUUUUUACAGUCACAUAGAGACUAUAGAACAAAUAUUUCAGAAAUUGAAAAUAUAGUUGAGUCCCAUAGGUCAGCGUUUAGGAGGCCCUGUUUGAAUAUAUUGAAUGAAAUGAAAUAAACUAAUUGUUUUACA